UUGCCGAGUACGGAAGCAUUCGCCGUGGACGACUUGCCAUAUAGUGGUUGAUUGUAGUUUGGAAAAUCUUAUUAGUUGAAAAGUGUUCGAAAAUCCGGUUAAAGUGAAUUUGACGGUGUAGAAUGCAAAUUGUUCUGAACCGUUACGCUAGUGUCGACUCUAUCACCUCCUUCCACCUCUUCACAGAAGUUACCAGUUUGCGGUGAAAAGUAAAAAUUCAAAAAUUAUCAAGUGAAAUUACUCUGCUGUGUAGUUAUAACACAAUAAAGUGUCCCGAAAAAUCACCUCCAACAUGGAUAACAUGACGAGCUACCUUAUCUGCGCACCAGCACAGUCACACGGCACCGGCACGUACAUAUGUUUACUGCGCAUCACGACAAACCCACCGACCGGUAGAUCACACUUCUGCAGGCCGCACACCCGUGCGUCUACCUCCUAAGCGAAGGCGGUUGCUCGAAGUUGCUCGGAACGACUGCCUACUAGAGAUAAAAACUAUAGUAGACUGCCGGUGCAGAGCAGCGGAGGCGCACGGAUUUCCGAGGAACAUUCGGUUCUCUCUUUUUCAAACAAGUAAACAAACUGUGCCAAUUCCACCACUACGCGGAUGACUGACUGGAGACACGAAGAACGUUCAUAAUAAUUCAAGCAAUUAUUUUGAACGGGUGCGAUUUCGCCGUACGACCGCACCGCGUUAUCUCGAGUAUCGGAUAUUGACUCCAUAAGCCGCUAGAACGAGGAGACAUUGGUGAUUCCCAUCUGUUUAAAAUCUAAGGCGUCUAUCUUGACUAGUACAUAGGUACUAAGUGAGCUGUGAUUGUGAAAUAGAAGUAAAUCAAUUAUCGCGUUUGUGCAGGCUUGCCCGUCGAGGCCAUGAACUAGCGCAUGAACUGCAUCUGAGGCGUGAACGACGGAGUCACCGGAGUUGAAGUUAGUGUUCUUCCUGCUGCAAACUGUGAGCCGAAUCGAACUACAGACCGUUUUAGUAGGGUUACUAAUCGUAGCAGAAUAAAGUUACAGUCAGACCAGAAGGAAAAAAAACACUUCGUCACCAUUGUGCUACCGCCAGCGGACCAUCUGAUCAGCAUGUCCAUGAUGGGCGAUAUGGUUCAAAGAACUAGAACACUUUACGUGAGCAACAAUCCACCGGUUGUGCCGACAGUUAUGUCCUUGGAGGAAUCCCGCCGAACGCAGCGCCCCUAUCGGUAUGGAAUGAUACUGCUGUGCGUGGGUGCCCUGGUCAACUGGCUCGGGCUGGCAGAGAACUACUCGGAACCAAUCCGGUACACAGGAGUGGCGUGUAUUCUUGCAGGAGCAUGUUUGAUCUGUACGGCCAUGUGCUGCUGGCUGCAUACACCGAACCGCAGUGGGUCUUCGAAUGAGAACGACGAUCCAGUACACGUGAUAAGUUCUGCGGAAGAGCACCGAUGCGAGAAACCACCGGACUAUGACACCGUGGCGGUGGCGCCUCCGAGCUACGACGACGCCAUCAAGCUGGAUCCGUCCGCCCUACUGGCCCUCUCGUUAGCUGCUGCCGUAGAGCCCAACAACAGUACCUCUUCCUCCUCCGAUAGAAAUACCACAAAUAGUGACAUAGCUUCUAAUACCACUACUACUAUUAAUACUGCUACUGCUACUACUACGACUGCUGUCGAUACUAGCAGCGGGGCGGCUGCCACUAGUCCUACGUCAUCCACGACGAUCAACUUCCCCAGCGUUCACACUCGCUCUAGGGACAGCCAUAGUACUGCCUUCGAGGGUGGUCACAGUUCGACGCAAGCCAGCUUUAGCAUGGAGAACGAGAAGCAAAGGGAAAGCCCACCCAAGUAUGAAGUAAUCGGUCCAAAAAUCGGUGCUGCUCCUCCGGUGAUCGCCGCAAUUCCUGCCCUGGAAGUGAAUCCUACGAAUGGAGUUACCCCUUUAUAACUGACUGACGCGUAUAAUUUUAUUUUAAGUGAUUCCGCGACGAAACGCACGGUCCCGAUCACGGUCGUGAGUGAUUAGUUAAUCGCAGUUUUGAUUACUUUUUUUUCUGGUUAUUUUUACAUACCGCUACGAUUACGAUUAGUGUAUAAGUUCUAAGCUGAAUCCACUUGUGCCAAAGUGGGUACCAGCAAUCGCAAGGCUGUGCUCAACUUGUGUAAUAUUUGUACUUACUUUGUAAGGAGAGAUAAAAAAAGAAUAUCCCAAGUCAUUUGUAGUGAUUGCAGAAUCAGGAAUAGUGAUGAAACAAAAAGCAGAAUUAUUGUCGAAACGAUAUUUUGAUAGUGGAUAGUACAUUUUCUCGUGCGUGCAAACCAGUAUUAAGCAUUGAAGAGAAAAACAAUAUUUGCGCGCGCGCAAAGAUGAAAUCUGUAAUACAGCAAACGUUGAACCGAGUGAAACCGAAUAAAAGGUGCUGAAAAAGCAGGACGCCUGCCCAAAGUUAAUCGCUGUAUCACGAAAUUACCGUAAUGUUAUCGCCCCAUAAAAGAAAAAUGCUGUAAAAUAUUGCAGGCAAACGUAAAUCUCAAUGCAGGGCUCAGAGUGAUUUGAUUGAACUCACAAUCGGUUGCUUUUCUAUUCAAAUAAAAAUUCUCGUUGUAAUCAUCAUCAGCGUGCGACGGUUAAUGCACAGGAGUUUUAGCUAGCUAGAACAAACGAAGUCAAUUGAGAGUAUAAGCUUAGGGAGUAUGAAACCAUUCGAAAUAAUUGUUUAAAAUACAUAA